AUGUAUGGAUUGGAGGCCGGCCAGGAGUUCGGCGUGGAGCUGGAAGAGAGGGGCAAGGACGGGAUUCUGUACUUGAAGUUGGCAGAUGGCCGAGGCUGGGUCUUCGACCAGAAGCCGAGUCUGGGUGCGAUCUGCGCAAAGGGCCAGGCGCAGCUCGGCAAGACGCAGAAGCCCCUGCGCACGGCUUCACCCAGGGCCACCAGCACGCCAAAGCAGGCAUCAUCCAGGGGCCGGAAUCAGAGCCGAAAGGCCUCACCGAAGCCAUCAGCCAAGACCGAUCUGGACAAAUCCGACAAGGCCCCCCUUUCGGAGCGCCGCGGUCGGAGCCCGCGCGCGAAGGAGAAGGCUUCGCCGAUCCCCAGGUCAUUGGCUGUCAGCCUGGACAAGGCGGCCUCUACCGAGCGCCGUGGGCACGUCUGCAAGGAGGCCACGACCAAGCCACUUGCCGGUGCCGUGGCCAACGUGGAGGCCGACAAGGCGUCCUCUGCCGAGCGCCGUGGGCACGUCCGCAAGGAGGCACCACGUGACUCGCCGAAGCCGGCGCCUGCUGUCGAUGAGGCGCAGGCUCCAUCCUCCGCGCGAAGGGGUCGCACCCAGGCCCCGACCAAGCCACUUGCCGGUGCUGUGGCCAACGUGGAGGCCGACAAGGCGUCCUCUGCCGAGCGCCGUGGGCACGUCCGCAAGGAGGCACCACGGGACUCACCGAAGGCGGUGCCUGCGCAGGCCUGUACUUCUCGACGAAGAGCACGCAACCAGGCUCCUUCCGAUGCGGUUGGCCCUACAGCGGCGGAGGCAGAGCCGGACAAGGCCGAUCCCAAGCCUGAUCUGGCAACCCACAAGGGAAAGGCUGUUCCGAAGCUGCCUGCCAAGGAUCCCGACAAGGCAUCACCAAAGCCAUCGGUGCCCAUGAAGACCAAGGGCCAGGACAAGGCAUCGUCGCCCAAGCGCAGCCGCAGCCCCAAGGGAGCUGCGACGAGCACGAAGAACCUCGCAAAGGAAAAGGCCCCAGAGUUCCGCGGCAAGCCCACCCCGGCGCCUCACAAGCUACAGGCGAAGCCACUGGAGGUCGGCAAGCUUGGCCCCGCGCUGAGGGAGCUGCAGGCAGCCAGGGAGAGAUCGCGCACCUGCCCGCCGGUGCCCAGGUUCGAGAGCCGCCCACGCCGAGGCGAUGCCAAGGUGCCGAGCCCCUGCCGGACGGGUCUUCUUGAACGCCUCCGGCGCGGGAGCCAGGCCCCGGCUCCUAUCUCAUUGCCGACAUCGCCGAGGCGGGCGGCGGUGCAGGAAGUGCCCGAGCCCUCAUCGGAGGUAUCGGAGGCGGCACCGGAGCCGUCAGGCUCCGAGGCGUCCGAGGCCUCGGACCUCUCCGCCGAGCUGCAGGCGCAGGAGGAAGCAAGCCGUCAGUUCCACCAGAUGGAGAGCUGUGCCAAGAACGCGUGGCAGCAGGCGAAGGCCAUGGCAGAAGCCCUGGCGCAGCAGAAGGAAGAGGAGGAUGCGCAAGCCGAUGCUCGGAGGAGGCUCGCCAAGGCGCAGGCAAGUCGCCAGGCUGCCGAAGCCAGAGUCGCCGAGGUGGAGACAUCGCUGGAAUCCCUUCGCACGGAGAUCAAGCAGGUGGAGGAGGAGUCCCAUCAGCGCAUCGCCAGCCUGCGAAGUGAGGCAGAGGCCGCCUCAUGCCAGAAGGACACCUGCCUCGCAGAGGCCCUGGCCACUGCGCAGGGCGCCAAGGAAGAUGCCCAGCGCCAUCUGCAGUCCUUGGAGCAGCGUUGCUCUGCAGAGCUGCGCCUUGCGAAGGAGAAGUAUGCGGAUGAGCAGGAGGUGCUGCUGCAAAACUUGGCCGACCACCAGCUGAAAGCGCAGGGCCCGGUCCUCGAGCUGGAAGCGCGGGCCGAGGCGCAGAGGCAGGCGGCUGGAGCCGAAGCGCGGGCGCAAGAGGCGGCGGCCCCGCAGCUGGCAGCACUGAAGUCGGAGGUGGUCGAGGCGGAGCGUCGGGCAGCGGCCUCAGAGGAGGCUUGGCGGCGUGCGGAGGACCGGGCGCUGGCUGAGGAAGCAAGGCUGGCACAGCUCCUGGCGCGGAUGCCGCAGGCGGAGGCCGACGCCGCAAGAGAGAGCCAAGAGCUCGUGGCUGAGGCAAACCGAGCGGCCAUCGCAAUGGUUUCAGAGGCCACUGAGGCGUCUGAGCGCGAAGCCGAGCGCAGCAAGGAGCGGCUGCAAGAGUCCCAGGAGUUGUUGGAAUCCGAGCGGGUUCGCACGCAGCACGCCAUCGAGCAGCAGCUGUCCGCCGCAUCGUCAGCGCAGCAGCAGGCCGAAGAGGCCGCCGCCGCGGCGGAGCAGGCGGCCAUCGAAGCGGAGGAGCAGACGGCACGAGCUCUGAAGGAGUCGUCGGAUGCCUACGCAGCGGCCAAAGGUGAGGCACGCAGCCGCACGGCGGCCGCGCAAUGCCAGCAGCGUGACACGGAGAAGCAAGUCGCGGAAAACAUCGCAAAUUUGCGUGCUGAGCACUCGCGCAAGGUGCUGGCAGCUACCCGGGCGUCUGAGGAAGCAGCGCAAGCUGCGAAAAGGCAGGUGGAGGCCUUGCAGGCAAAGUUCAAGGCCCAUCACCAUGAGAUGAGUGCCAAGGUCCAGGAUGCCGAGUGCAAGAUGCAUCGGGCAGGGAGUGACCUUGAGGAGACGAAGAAGUGGUCGGAGGAGGUCCGCACGAAGAUGUGCCAACUCGUGGAGGAUUCCCAACAGCAGCUAGCGGAGCAGGAGAAGGUAAGCCACAAGCAGCUUGAGGCCGAGGAGGCCGCGGCAGAGGAGAGGCUCGAGGCGGCCAGGGCGCUCCGCCAUGAAACCGAGGCUCUGGCAGAGGCCGCCGACCAGGACGGUCGGGCGCGCCGCGCCGCGGCGAAAGCCGAGGCAGAGCGGGCCGCCGGGUCUGCAGAGCGUCGCCGCGCCGAGGCGGAGGCCGCCCUGGCAGAGCGGGAGCUCGAGGCAGCGGCGGAGAUCGAGGCCGUGGAGGCGGAGGCCGAGGAGAACUUCGAGGCAUUGGGCUUGAAGGUGAGCCAGGCGUGGUCCACAUGCAAGGAGCAGAGCGUCCAGGCUAGGCAGCAGUUGUCAGAGGCGGAGAAGGCGGCCAACAAGGAAGUGGCCCGGAUGAACUCGCGCCUUGAGGAGGUGCGUGAGUUAGCCAAGGCCGCCGCGGCCCAAGCAAAGGAAGCCGCGGAGCGAAAGGCGGAGGCGAGCCGGCAGCUCCAGAGCGAGGAGUUCCGCGUGCAAGCUGCGCGCUCCGAGCUGUCGUCCGCAGAGCGGAGCUUGGACUGUUCCGUCGCCCAGUGUGAGGAACUUUUGGCAUCGGCAGAGUUGGCGGCGCAGGAGCACGCGGAGGCCUUCGCUGCGCUUUGUAACGACCGAGCGCGGGAGGAGGAGGAGCAGGCAGAGGCGGCCGAGCAGCUGGCGUUUGCCGAGGAAACCCGAGCCCUCGCUGCCGAGGAGGCUACAGUCUUCGAGGAUUUGACCUUCCAAGGACAACUGGAGAGUGAGCGGAAGAGAAUCCAGGAUGAGAUUGACCGAGCGAUGAAGAGGACGAUAGAGGUGGAGAGUGCUAUUCAGGAAGCUGUCUCUUACAGCGAGAAGAGUACGAGGGAGCUUCUCAAGUACAUGGAGAAGGUAGUCCAGCAUGCAGGUGAGCCCAUCGAGUCAUCGCAGGCCUCGCAGGCCACGGAUCCCUUAGACGGCUCCCAGUGCUCCCAGUGCCAUGUGGAGGCUUCUCCUGGAGCUGCCUACUGCAAGAACUGUGGACACCAUCUCCAGCAGCCCGCGAUCUCAGACUCUGGGAGUCCCUCGGUGCGAAGGACGAAGCCUUCUGGCCACUUCCUCAAAGGCAGCAAGUGCACAGAGGGCCCAGAACUGCCCACUCAGCAAAACGCUGCGGUCAGGAAGCUGCAGAAGCGGCUUGCCGCGUCCAUCCUGGGCUGCGGCAAGAACCGUGUGUGGCUCGACCCCAACGAGACCAAUGAACUCUCCAUGGCGAACUCGCGCUUCAACAUCAGGAAGAUGAUCAAGGACGGCCUGAUCAUCCGCAAGGCGGUGAAGAUGCACUCGCGCUCCCGGGUGCGAAAGAACUUGGAGGCCAAGCGCAAGGGCCGACACACCGGCAUCGGAAAGCGAAAGGGUACCCGUGAGGCACGAAUGCCCACGAAGGUGCUGUGGAUGCGCCGCCAGCGCGUCCUGCGCCGUCUCCUGCGCAAGUACCGACAGCAGAAGAAGAUCGACAAGCGAAUCUACCACUACUUCUACCGCCACGCCAAGGGUAACUGCUACAAGAACAAGCGCGUGCUGAUGGAGGCCAUCCAUGCCAAGAAGACCGAGAAGAUGAAGGAGAAGGCCUUGCAGGAGCAGUCCGAGGCACGCAAGGAGAAGGCGCGCCUGGCCAAGGAGAAGAAGCUGCUGAAGAAGGCGGAUGCGGCCAGGACCGACGAGGAUGCUGGCUGGAAACUGCAGAAGCGGCUUGCCGCGUCCAUCCUGGGCUGCGGCAAGAACCGUGUGUGGCUGGACCCCAACGAGACCAAUGAGCUUUCCAUGGCCAACUCGCGCUUCAACAUCAGGAAGAUGAUCAAGGACGGCCUGAUCAUCCGCAAGGCGGUGAAGAUGCACUCGCGCUCCCGGGUGCGAAAGAACUUGGAGGCCAAGCGCAAGGGCCGACACACCGGCAUCGGAAAGCGAAAGGGUACCCGUGAGGCACGAAUGCCCACGAAGGUGCUGUGGAUGCGCCGCCAGCGCGUCCUGCGCCGUCUCCUGCGCAAGUACCGACAGCAGAAGAAGAUCGACAAGCGAAUCUACCACUACUUCUACCGCCACGCCAAGGGUAACUGCUACAAGAACAAGCGCGUGCUGAUGGAGGCCAUCCAUGCCAAGAAGACCGAGAAGAUGAAGGAGAAGGCCUUGCAGGAGCAGUCCGAGGCACGCAAGGAGAAGGCGCGCCUGGCCAAGGAGAAGAAGCUCCUGAAGAAGGCGGACGCCGCCCGAACAGAGGAAGAUGCUGGCUGGCAGCAGGCGAAGCAGGCAAAGAAGCGCUAG